AUGUGUGUGGAGACCAAGAGCAGGCCUGUGCAGGUGCCGGCGGCGGUGGCGGCGGCAACGCACCUCGCCCGUGGCGCCAGCAGCAGCGCCGCAGGCCUGGGCAGCGGCAGCCCCGCCUGCCCCUCCUGCGGUUCCACCAUGGUCGGCCAGGGCCUGGCGAGUGCCGCCUCCGGCCCAGCCAAGUUCAAGUUUUACUGGUGCAGCGCAUGCAAAGUAUGUGUGCUGUCUGGUGUCCCCGGCAUUGCGUGA